CCUGAGCAUCGGCAUAACAAUAACAUUGUGACCGGUAAGCUUCGCCGAGAUGGAGCUCUUGUGUGUAUUUGCACUAGCCCUAGUGACCUCUGUGGCGGGGACACCACAUGGAUAUGGAGUGAAAAGUGGAGCAGUGGCCAAAGCGGAAGCAAACGCUGCGGCAGGUGCCUUUGAGGGUCUCCCUGCUAUCCCAUUGAGUAUACCCAGUGGCGGAUUUUCCGGUAGUUUUUCGAAGUCGUCAUCAUCAAGUUUUGCUUCAUCAAGUGCAAGCGCAAGUUCCAGUUCUAGCUCCUUCAGUUUUAGUGGUACCAACGGAAUUACAGGAUUUAGAUGUCCAUUUAAUAAUUGCAAAAAUGGAGGAAAUUCUGUUCCUCCUACAUUGAACGGUUCACAUGGAAAUGAAAUCAAGAAUAACGGUGGCGCUUUAACUGGAGCUGGUAGUACUGCAGCAUCUAAUAGUUACUCAGGUAAUGAAGAGAGCGCACCUUGUAACGGCAAAAAAUGUAAUAGUUUGAAUAUAACUGCCAAUAAAUGCUCGUUAGGUAUAUGUGGCUUACCCGGUAAUCAACAAGAUACAUCUAAUGGACUACAUCAUAAAAAUAAUAAUGAUAAGGAAGAAAGUAAUUGUGCGUUGGGACAAUGUAACGCAGGUUCACAAAAUAGAAAUUCUCAAAAUAGUUUCGAUUCAUUUAAGUGCGAUUCGGGAAAUUGUUUUCCGACAGCACCGCAACAUGAUAGUUCCAAAGGCAACUUGAAUAGUAAUGACAAGAAAGGAGUGAAACAUCCAACAUCGGAUGAACAUGAUAUAUUUAUUCCUCUCUCGCCUUCCACAAACAGAGCACAGGCAGUACCUACGCCUGCUACAGAAUUAAGUGCUCCUAACCUUGGCCCGACUUGUACAAGCCAUAAUUGCAUCAUCGCCCCCGGUGGACCAGAUUCUAGUACUGGAAAGUUACCAACAAGCUAUAACGUUCCUAUUCUUGGUCCAAGUUCAACUGUUUCUCAAUCUGAUACUAGUAUUAAUCCUACCGGAAAUUUAUAUAAUUUACCAACUGGUACUAACUCUUUAAGCAACUGUGGUUCUGCAGGCUGCUCUUCUGAUAUUUCACCAACGGACACGCCGUCAGUUUCAUCACAACCAUCAUCCUACACCCAAGGAGUUUAUCCAUCACAAGUUCUCGUGGCGCCAGAUAUAUCUCCAAGUUGUACUGGCUACAAUUGUAAACCAGACCAACAGAAACUAAAUACCGACGUACCUUCCUAUCAAGACUCGUCUAAAAAGCCCAUAUUGUGCAACUCACCUGCUUGUUCUUAUAAACCUGCUACUGGUAGUAGCGUUGCAGGAUACCCUUCACACUUUGAUUCGUCAACUUCUAAUACAGGAGUACCGCCCUUUAAUAAAAAGUUAGACGAUAACUCUAAGACUGGUUUUGUUUCUGACAAUCAAAAUUUACCUACGUACACCGGAGGAUUUACAAAACCAAAAGGAUCGAUACACGGUAAUGUUGGAUACACUCCGUCUUAUGAUACUACUGGAGCAUCUAAGCCUCAUUUUGGUGUCAGCUUUCCAACUUAUACUGGAGGAUUAAAUAAGCCCACGGGUUCCGUAGAUGGGAACGUUGGGUAUACUCCGUCUCAUGGUUCUACAGGAUCUUCUAAACCUCAAUUCGACCUAAGUGCUCCAACUUAUACUGGAGGAUUUAGCAAGCCCACGGGAUCAGUAGAUGGGAACAUUGGAUAUACUCCGUCUCAUGGUUCUACAGGAUCUUCAAAGCCUCAAUUCGACGCAAGCGCUCCAACUUAUACUGGCGGAUUUAGUAAGCCCACAGGUUCAGUAAAUGGGAACAUUGGAUUUGCUCCGUCUCAUGAUUCUACAGCAUCUUUUAAGCCUCAAUUCGACGCAAGUGCUCCAACUUAUACUGGCGGAUUUAGUAGGCCCACGGCUUUAGUAGAUGGGAACGUUGGGUAUACUCCGUCUCAUGGUUCUACAGGAUCUUCUAAGCCUCAAUUCGGCGCAAGCGCUCCGACUUAUACUGGCGGAUUUAGUAAGCCCACGGGAUCAGUAAAUGGAAACGUUGGGUAUACUCCGUCUCAUGGUUCUACAGGAUCUUCUAAGCCUCAAUUCGAUGCAAGCGCUCCAAUUGAUACUGGAUCAUUUAGUAAGCCAAUCGGAUCAGUAGAUGGGAACGUUGGAUACACUCCGUCCUAUGGUUCUGCAGAAUCUACUAAGCCUAAUUUUGAUGUAAGUGCUCCAACUUAUACCGGUGGAUUUAGUAAGCCUACGGGAUCAGUAGAUGGAAACGUCGGGUAUACCCCAUCUCAUGAUUCCACGGGAUCUCCUAAUCCCCAAUUCGAUGUAAACGCACCAACUUAUACUGGAGGAUUUAGCAAACCUACUGGAUCAAUAGAUGAGCAUUUCGGAUAUAAACCUUCUCAUAGUUCUAUUGGAACAUCUAAACCCCAUUCAGAUGUAGGCUCUACAACUCAAAGUGUUCCUGUGUAUACCGGAGGAUUCGGUGGACCGGCAGGAUCAUUUGACACAAGUUUUGGAACUGGAACACAUUUUGUAUCAAAACCGAAUCACGGUCAUGCACCAGCUUAUAAUAAUAAUUUACCACAUACAAAUAAUAUCGGUGGAUUAAGUAGUCAUGGCACAUUGAAACCCAGCAAUAGCCUCGUUCCUCCUAUUUAUAAUAAUCCUACAAAUAAUGGAAACUUUGCCCAAACACAUAUACCAACUUCUGUUUUGCAAGCUGGACAGCCAAAUUUACCUAAACCGGUAAAUGAAAAAGAUAAAUCACCUGUCUACACGGGUGGUUUUGGUGGGCCUACGGGUCUUUUAAAACCCAAUGAAUAUAAUUUACCAGCUAAAUUACCCGUUGUAGCUUCAAAUACUCAUGCUCCUACUUCUUGUACAUCCACAAAUUGUCAUGGAAAAAACGUUCCUAAAGCUAUUGGUACCCAUCACGGUACAGAUGGAAUUUCAACUACUUCGAGUGCUGCUGCUGAUGCUAAAGCUGUUGCUUACUCUGGAGGGUUUGGCGGUCCAUCUGGAUUUUUAAAACCCUUUGACAAUGAUAGGCAGUCCAAAAGUGAACAUUUCGAAGUUAGUGCAAGAGAUAAAUUUAAUAGUUAUGGUCAUACCAACGUUGGUAACGAUUCGAAAAACAAACAUUUCGAUGAUUCUAAAGAUACGGUAAAUUCUGGAGUAGAGGGUACUGGAGUACAGACAAGCGCUGGAGGACAGGCUAAUGCUGCAGCGCAGGCGAAUGCUAUAGCUUUUGCGAGUUCCAAUACAUUUAGUUCUAAUCAAGGUAGAGAAGCAAGUGGAUGCAAUAGUGGUUGUGGUAACUACAACUCGGGGCUAGGUCAUAACUUUGCCUCUAGCAAUAGUUUAGGUACGUCACAAACUCAUGGCUCAGACAAUACGGGUGAUGCAGCUGGCGCCGCGGCAGCUGCUAAAAGUAUAGCUGGCGCAAGUGCUGGAAGUUUUGGAACAGGAAAUAGUUUCGCCAGUAGCUCGGCUACAGCUCAUUCGUCUUCAGGAGCUUCCGUUAAAGGAGGUUAUGGAAGAUAAAAGGUAUUAAUCCGAGAAACAAAAAUAAUGGAAACAAUUCAGAUAAAUGUUUGUUAUUUGAUGAUGGAAUAAGACUUAAAUAUAAUUACAUACAUAUGUACUUGUGAUACAUUUUUUGUGAGAUAGAUGUAAGUUAAUGUAUGAAAUAAAUGAUUUUUAUACAUUUUGUAGCUUA